UAAUAAAAAAACUGAAGCUUAGUUGCAUGCAUGUGAGAUAUCAUUCUAAUUAACUCCAGUAUUCAUAUUAUUCGUUCGAAUUUUGUUAAUAAAUUUUAAAACAAAUACUGUUUUUCCGAUAUCAUAAAAAUAUCAGAUAGAAAAAGUCAUUCAAUUAUGACAUCGACUCUAUCUGCUGUAAAUGAUAAUCAUGUUGCAGCACAAUCAUCUUCAUCAUCAUCAAUACAACAGCAACAACAACCACCAAAUGAUUCGGAUGACCUAAUCGAUGAUAUGCUCAACGAUGGUCAGAAUUCCAUUCAUCAAGAAAUGGAAUCAGAAUCCCAUGGUGAUGGUGGCAGUCAUGAAGAUAAUGAUGGUGCUCGAACAGGCGAUGAUGAAGAAUUAGAGGUUAUAAAAGCUCGCGUUAGAGAGAUGGAAGAAGAAGCAGAAAAAUUAAAACAAAUGCAAGAUGAUAUUACCUCACAGAUAAGCAAUACUGGCUCAAGUAUGUGUCAAUUUAUUUAUUUUUUAAAAAUUCCAUUUGCUUAUUUUAUUUUUAUAGAUGAUCAAUCAACCUUAUCACCCGAAGAACGAGCCGAAAUAGAUAGCCGGUCCAUUUAUGUUGGAAACGUUGAUUAUUCGGCCACUGCUGAUGAUCUCGAAAAACAUUUCCAUGGUUGUGGUUCAAUUAAUCGUGUGACCAUUCUGUGUGAUAGAUUUACUGGACAUCCGAAAGGAUAUGCUUAUAUAGAAUUCGCUGAUAAGGAUUCCGUCGAAACAGCUACAGCCCUAGAUGAAUCACUAUUCAAAGGUCGUCAAAUCAAGGUGAAUGCCAAACGAACAAAUCGUCCAGGAUUAUCGACCACAAAUCGUCCACCACGUGGCCGGGGUAUAAUGGGACGUGGUCGUGGUGGUUUUUUUCCUCGUGGAAGCGGUGGUAGUCCAUGGAUGCGUGGAGGUCGUGGUGGUCGUGGAUUCAGAUCCCGUACUGGCUGGUAUGGUUAUUCACCAUAUUGAUGGAAAUUCAUUUAAACUAAACCAACCGACAACGAAACGAAACACACCACCCAAACAUAUUUGCAUAGAAACUUGCUGUUUAUCAAAUCAUUUUAUACGUUCAUUCAUUGUCAUCAUUCAUAAUGAUUAACAUUCUUUUGGCCAUCGAUUCACA